AUGGAGCACAUCGGGCCCGCUUCAUUCCCGAUCAGAAUACUAAAUUCAUCGGUCAGCUCGGACUCCAAGAUUGAUUCUAUUUCUUUAGCCAGGUUGAGACUGCCAUUGCUACUGAAAUUUGUUGUCGCUUUGACAUCCUUAUGCCAGGCGCUGUCAGUAUCAAACACUUCAACCGGGUCCGUGACAUGGGACGAAUAUAGCUUGCUAAUCAAUGGGGAGAGGGCUUUCAUCAAUGCUGCCGAGUUUCAUUAUCAGCGACUGCCCGUCCCUGAGAUGUGGCUGGAUGUGCUGCAAAAGCUGAAGGCAAAUGGCUUCAAUACAAUCAGUGUGUACUUCUUUUGGAGUUAUCAUUCGGCUUCCAAGGACGCAUAUGACUUUAAAACGGGAGCACAUAACAUACAGCGUCUCUUCGACAUGGCCAAGCAGGCGGGCCUAUGGGUAAUUGCGCGGCCGGGUCCUUAUGUCAAUGCACAGACAAAUGCUGGUGGUUUAGCUCUAUGGGGCUCUGAUGGCUCCAUGGGCAAAUUGCGGACAUCAGAUGAGGCCUUUCAUCAAGCGUGGCUUCCAUAUAUGAGGAAAGUCGGACAGAUCAUUGCAGCGAACCAGAUCACAAGAGGUGGUCCCGUUAUACUCUGCCAGGUAGAAAACGAACUCCAAGAGACCACUCAUGAGCCAAACAAUACUCUGGUUACGUAUAUGGAGCAGCUCGAGGCAGUCAUUAGAGAUGCUGGGAUAACCGUUCCUACGACUCAUAACGAAAAAGGCAUGAGAUAUGUAUCCUGGUCAAGGGAUUACGGAAACGUUGGUGGCGCUGUCGACAUUUAUGGCUUGGACACCUACCCUGCAGGAUUUCUUGUCGGGAACAGAUGUGAUGGAGCCACUGGAUUCAAUGUUUUUCGGACCUACUAUCAGUGGUUCAUGAACUAUUCAUGGACUGGUCCCAUUUAUCUCGCUGAGUUUGAGGGCGGGCGUACUUUGACCUGGGGUGCUCCACAGAAUUAUGAUGAUUGUCGAAGCGAGCACAGCACCACCUUUGUGGACAUCUACUAUAAGAACAACAUCGGUCAGCGCGUGACGCUACAAAGCAUAUAUGAAGGCUAUGGGGGGACUAAUUGGGGCCAUUCUGCUUCCCCAGUGGCAUAUACUAGCAAUGACUAUAUGACCCCCCUCCGAGAAACUCGCGAGCAAUGGGCCAAGCUUUGGCAAACGAAGCUCAUACAACUCUUCUCGGGAUCUGCACCUGAUUUACUCAAGACGUACAUGUAUGGGAACGGAUCGGGUUACAAUACUCAGGCAACCUUCACUGUGCUGCAGCAGAACGAAACCCCAUCAACCACUACCAUUGCGUUUUCGGCCUACUUGAACACCAGCCUUGGCAACAUGACUGUUCCAGAUAUCCAGCUUCAAGGGCGACAGAGCAAGAUUCUAGUUACAGACUACAUGUUUGGUAAUCAAACACUUCUGUAUUCAUCAACAGAUGUACUUACAAAUGCCAUCUUGCCCGGACACGAUGUUCUGGCUCUGUAUCUAUGGGAAGGUCAAACCGGCGAGUUCGCUCUCAAGACGCCAAGGAAUUUGACGCUCCAGGUAUAUGGCGCGUCUAUCGUGUCGUCCACACUUCAUCCUGGCUACCAGAAGAUUAAGUACACACAGGCUACUGGCUCUACUGUCCUUCGUUUUACAAAUGGGGUCAUUGUCCUAUUGCUCGAUCAACCAACAGCAUGGCAUUUCUGGGCUCCGUCAACAUCAAACUACCCUUCUCCUAGGCCAGACCAGAAGCUUUUCAUUCUUGGUCCGUACCUCGUCCGGUCUGCAUCAGUCGAAAAUGAAGUGCUUCAGGUCUCUGGAGACAAUAACGGAACUACAACCCUGGAGAGCUUCAUCGGCGACGUGCCCAUCAAAGCAAUCGAGUGGAACGGCCAGCGACUCACAGCAACCAAGACGCCCUAUGGCUCCUACACAGCCCAAAUCCCCGGUACAGAACACCGAUCAGUAAACCUUCCAUCCUUAAACCACUGGCGCUCAGCAGACUCCCUCCCGGAAGCCCAGCCAGGGUAUGAUGAUUCCCGAUGGACGGUCGCGAACAAGAAUAGUACACUCAGUCCACAAGCUCCUCUUACCCUGCCAGUCCUUUUUAGCUCUGACUAUGGCUACUACGCCGGUGCUAAAAUAUACCGUGGCUACUUUGACGGCACCAACCACACUGCAGUUAAUAUUACCGCCUCUGGCGGCCUCGCGUUUGGGUGGAACGCCUGGCUAAACGGACAUCUUAUCGGGGGCCACACUGGCGAUCCCAAUCUAUCAGCCACAAACAUGACUCUGACGCUUCCUGGGCCCCAUCUCAGGACAAUGAACAAUGUCAUCACAGUCAUAGUUGACUACCAUGGCCACGAUGAAACUAACAUCGCCAACGGUGCUGGGAACCCUCGAGGCAUCCUUGGCGCGUAUCUUCUUCCAGGCGGUACACGGACAGCAACCGGUUUCAAACUGUGGAAGAUCCAAGGCAAUGCUGGUGGCGCGAAGAACAUCGACCCAGUCCGCGGACCCAUGAAUGAGGGUGGCCUCUAUGCCGAACGACUAGGAUGGUUCCUCCCUGGCUUUCCGGCAUCUGAUAACAAGGAGUUCAACAGUACCUCCAGUCCACUGGACGGCAUCUCGAAACCGGGUGUCCGUUUCUAUGUCACCGCUUUCGACCUUGAUAUCGACAGGGAUCUAGAUGCACCCAUAGGGGUUUCUUUCUCAGCGCCAAACGGCACUAUAGCACGUGUAAUGCUUUGGGUCAAUGGGUAUCAAUACGGCAAAUACGUCCCUCACAUUGGUCCGCAGACGAAGUUUCCUGUUCCCCCGGGGAUCAUCAACAACCGGGGGCAAAAUACAUUAGCAUUGAGUUUGUGGGCGCAAACCAAUGAUGGUGCGAAGCUCGAUACUGUCGAGCUGUUUACGUAUGGACUGUAUCAGACGGAUUUUCAGUUUGAUCGCGAUUGGAGUUAUUUGCAACCGGGGUGGGAGGGUAGGAGCGUGUACGCGUAA